AUGGAAAGCCAAUGGGGUAAGAGGAAUGUUCGGCGUAGAAAUUUCUCAAAAGGCGGUGAACCCUCCCAAGAUACACCACCAACGAUUAUGCCCAGUGCUACUAUGGAGCAGCACCCUACGAUGCUUUUCCUUCCGGGGGGUUACAGCGAGGAACAAUUAGGAAGCCUGUUAAGUCAUGCAGUGAACUCACCAAAAAUAAUGAACUCAAAUGCUAUGGUUACAGUCAUAGAUGCGCCUCCCCUGGGGCCAGCAAGUAGUGCAACCGAUGAAGAUAGUUUUUUCAGGGAAUUCUUAGUUGAUGACCCUGAUGAUCCUGAUGGCACUAUUGAUAAUACUUGGGGAUCACCAGUAGAUAAAUCAUCAGAAACGAUACCAGCCGAAACCAUGUCAAGGGAGAUGUCAUCAGCUGGAAUCGCGCCAGCUAAAAUUAUGCCAAUUGAGAUCUCAGCGGCCGAAAUCACACCAGACGAGAUCAUGCCAAUUGAAAUCUCAUCAGACAAUAUUACACCAGUAUCGGAUAUUCCUAGUGACAAUUUUAGCGAUGUUAUGGAGACCAUGUUUGGAGUAGACAGCCCUCAAGAUGUUGGAGAGUUUGAAAAAUCACAGGAAAAGCAGUUUCUUGCUGUUAUGACCGCCAUAAAGCCGUUAGAGCAGGUGCUCGGGGAAGACUCAGUGAAGAGUGCGGAGCCAGUCGAUAUUCCAAUGAUUGAGACCAAAGGCACUGUCUACCAGCAAGAAUUCUGUCAACCUGAUGAGAUCAGCGGCGGGAUUCAGGACUAUAUCCCACCAGAGAUUGGCAUUUCUCGAAAGGAUGCUCUUCUUAAACUUUCAGCUAAGGAAAUAGAGAUAGAGCCUUUCGGACCAGCUCCAGCAGACAAUUUGAGGCUUGAAGUAUUGGGUGCUCGCCCUAACACAAUUUGUGCCACCUGUUUGCAUCGCGGACACACACAAAACUCAACAAAACUCUGUCCAUUCAAGAUGAUAUCGGUGGCCAUAAGCAAGAUGAAAACUCGAGGUCGCAAAAAAAGGAUUGAUGAUGUUACCAAAGAGGUUGGGCGAUUGCAAAAGCUGGUAGAUGAUGUUGGUCCUGGUGUAAAGGGUAUAAGAAACAUCAUGAAUCUUCUGGAUGAAUGGCAUGAAACUAUCGAAAAGAACGUAGCGUGGGGAAAAUCAAAGGCUCCAGCAACAUCUCCGUCUGUUCCAAUAGGAUUCGUCGACUAUAAAAUAGCAGAUACCUUUGCAGCUAUCCUCCAGGAAGGAGAUUCCAGUAACUCACAUGUGGCAACAAACCUCCCUAGGAAUUUUUCUCCCGAGGUGGUCGAUGGGUCAACUUACACACAUCGUGCCCCAGAGCCCCGUCAAAGCUCUUAUGUCUCACUCGAAAAUAACGCCGAGCCAUCAUCUUUUACUUCUCAAAACUCUAACAAUGGCAUUACCUAUCCAGAAAAUUUGAAUCAAUUGUACGGUACCUUCGACGAUCGGGAGGGAAUAUCAGACUUUUGUGAUCAAGAUUUUGGUGCAUCUAGCCAUGACACUUCGGCGUCAUUAUUAGCUGCGGUGGAUAAUCAGCCCAGAUUUCAGGAAGAAACUCAAAAGAUUAUUUCCACCCCACAAGCCUAUAGAAGAAUAUCGUCGUCAAACACAUCAACGAGUCAAAUGUUAGUCGAUUCAACUCCCGCCCCUGCGGAAGAAUGGGAGGAGAGUUCUCAAGAUGAACUUCCUCCUGAUAUUUUAUGGCGUCAAAAGUGCACACUGAGAACUAUCGGCGUCCGCGGAGAUAAUCUUUGUAAAAGCUGCCUGCAUUAUGGUCAUGAUCGCAGCAGCUAUGCUUGUCCUGCACAACUAGUCCUCCGAUCUAUUCUUGCGGGGGAUGAUGUCUCGAGUACAGCGUCGAGCGUCGAAGAUCUAAGAUCUGCAAUCGAAUGGCAAAAGAGUAUUCCAAAAGAUAUUCAGGGUGAUUAUAAGAGUAUCCAAAGCUUGGUUCAUAGGUGGGAGGUAGCGGUAAAGCAAUCGAAAAGCGAAAUGUUUGAAACAGCGGUGGAUAAUCCGGUACGCAAACGUCGCUGCAGAUCGGCUAUUCUUGAGAAUCAGCCUGCAAAAUCCCAAUUUCGCAAAGAGCAAGUUCCAAACAGUCCUUCACUUGUGCGAAUGGGGUAUAAGGGCCAACAGAUUGCCUCACCCGUACCUAUGCAGAUAAAUUAUAAGGAUCAACUGCAUGUCACCUCAGCUAAACCUAUGCAUAUGGAUUAUGCAAAUCAAUAUAUUACCCAAAAUGUGCCUGUGCAGCAACAGCGGGAUUUUCCACAGGAAGUCUUGCCUACUAAAAAGUGUACCACCGCAUCGGAAGGCGUUUUCUUUGACUACCAUCGGAUCCCCGGACAUUUGCUUUCUAUGGUGAUGGAUUAUGUUAUUGAAGAGAGUGGAGAAGGGAAUGAAGAUCGUCUUCUUGUCGACCAUCGCAAGAUGCCUAAGGCCCUCUUUCUCAAUCUCCGUAGUUACCUCAGUAAAGAUCCCGAGCCGGCCGCUAUUGAUCAGCAACCCAAAAAAUGUGACAAACGCAAGAGAACUUGA